GCGGAUUCCGUGGACGCCGCUCGUACGCGCCUCGCGGGUACACGCUCGAGGGUGAGCUUCAACGGGAUAUCCUGUCACGCGGACGCGAGUGCAUCGUUCCUGGGAACGCUCGAAAUGCUGUGCGAUACCAGACCUCCAAUUGUGUGCUCUAACGCGGGAUGAUCUGUGGACUCCGUAAGCUGGUACGUGUUACAUCCCACGUUCAGUGAAGAGUUCUUGCGAAUGGAUAUUGAUACUGUGAUAGGUUGUGACUGUGCGUGCUGCAAAAUCUGCCUGGUCAGAAAAUCUUGUGUGAAGUUGAAUUCUUUGAAUUUGAAGCUUCCGGAUCAUGGAAGAGAGAGUGGACUGUAAAAUAUGUGACGUACACUUGGCGGACGUAAAAGAGAACAUCCGAUGGUCCGUCUGACGGGGACCGUGAGAAUCCACGAAGCAAUAGGGAAUUUUGAAGGCAGCAGGUUGUAAUACACGCACGAAAAUGUUGGGUCGCGACAUCGAACACGGAACAGACGGCUCGAGGGACCGGCGCGAACGGUUUACAUCGAGAGAUUAAAGAACAUCGAAUGGACGUGGGCGAUUUGUCCAGCUCGGCAGGAUUGGCUGGGAGCGGAUCCAUCCCUGCUGCAACGGGUGUUGGUAUCAUUACAAGUACGACAUCCGCCACCGUAGGGUGGUGGACGCCUACGUCGACGAUUGCCACGGCAGCGGCCAACACCGACGUGAUGAAUCAGCUCUGCAGGGUCUGCGGAGAGCCGGCCGCGGGUUUUCACUUCGGGGCCUUCACGUGCGAAGGUUGCAAGUCAUUCUUCGGUCGCACCUAUAACAAUCUAGGCAGCAUCUCCGAAUGCAAGAACGGCGGCGUGUGCGUGAUCAACAAGAAGAACCGCACCGCGUGCAAGGCGUGCCGUCUGCGGAAGUGUCUGAUGGUGGGUAUGUCGAAGUCGGGUUCCCGCUACGGCCGCCGCUCGAACUGGUUCAAAAUCCACUGCCUCCUUCAGGAACAGUCGCACCAGGCUCAAACGCGUCUGAUCAAGGACCCAAAGUCCGCGUACGAGAAGGCGUUCGGCUCGCUGGACGUGGCGAACAAUAACAACAACAAUAACGAGAACACCAGUAGCACUAGUGCAGCGAGCGUGGUGGGUAUGGUGACCACGACCACCACGACGGCGAACAGUUACCAUCACCACCACCAUCCGCACCAUCAGCCGGACAGGUUCCCGAAAAGGGACGAUAUCAGGCCGCAGGACCUCAACCAGUUAAGAACGCCCGACGUGCCUGCCAGAGCCAGUCAGGAUCCUCUCCUAAGGCCGGUGGACCUCGUGCGAGCUCCCCACGAGUUGCUCAGGCCGGAAGUGUCCAGGUUCCCCAUGUGGAGGGGUCCUCCGUUCUUCCAUCCGGCCCUGACGCACAUGCAGCUGCUGAACGCCCCGUUCUUCCCGUUCCAGCAACGAUUUAUUGUCCCGUACGUGAACCAGGUCGGUGCUCCCCAAAUGGUGGCGAGUCUGACCAGCUCGUCGAGCGACAGCGUGAGCCCCAGGUCGACGCCGUCCCCGAAGAGGGACGACGACAAUAGGAGUCCUCGCGAAGAGUGCAGAGGAGCCGAUCGACCGUGUCAGAGGAGUCAAACGGAAACGCACGAUAAGAGUCUGGCCUUCCUGCGCUCUCUGGGCCCGGAACAGGAAGAACCUAUCGAUCUGAGCAUGAAGAGCGGACGGACGGACGGACAGGUGGCGGACCCUGGUAGCACCGAGGAGGAGAGGUCGACGGACAGCGAGGACAACGAAUUGUUGCAGGACACGGGGCCGCCUCUUGAUCUUACUAGGAAGACGUGACCCGGAGCUAGCUCGUGAACAGCUUUUGAUAGUAAUUGAACUGGCUCCGGGUUGGAGUGCGUUGUCGAGGUCGUUGCUCGGGGAUUCAUGCCAGUUUCGCACAGAGACUCGCAUUGUAGUCUUUUCACUAAGAGAACGACUUACGAAGUCCGUUCGAGUGACCGGGAAAAGAAAACGGUUUCCAGCGAGGGAAUUGAACGGAGUAAUUUGGAUCGUGAAGGGAGGAGAAGAAGAAAGGGCCCCGCAUAGUGGGACCAAUGCAGGAAGCACGAAGUGGACGGGCCAUGUGUAGCCGUGCACAAAUGACUUUACGAUCGGCGAUCGGAUCGACGCAAAAUUGCUCAAGUCCUCGGUAUUAGCCGCCACGGUCCCUUUGGCCGGCUUUCAGCUUUGCCAGGUGUUCAUUGACGGAGUGGUCGAAGAUCAAACUCGAUACAUCGUUUCGCGGAGAGAUGUACGACGGACGAUUGUGCCUUAACCGGUGCCUUUGAGCUCUUGUACCGAGUAUAAAGAGAGAUAGAGAGUGCCAGUAAAAACCACGUGAUAGUUUAACGUUAAAUAAUAAGCGGCACGCGUACCACCUGCAAACGCGUGUCCAAGUAGAUAAAUACAUGUAUAUGUUCGUGUAUGUGUGUGCGUGAGUGAGCGUGUAAAUGCGAUCGAGGAAUCGGUGAGGGCGCUGAAGUAUCGCGAUAUCUCGAACCCUCGGGAAUGGCCAGUGUUUCGUUAAGCCGCAUCGAGAUUUAUUUAUGUUCAGUCUUUUAAUUUAACGCGAUCUAAUUACUCGUGUCUGAUUGCUUGGAUGCUGGUGUGCGCUCGUGAGCGAGCCCCAUGUUCAGAGUCUUGUGAUGUUUUGCACUUUGAUUCGAAGAAUAAAAAUUUUUAAUUCA